CGUCACUCCAAGGUGUAAACAAACAAGAGAGUAGAAACAAGGCGGCCUGCAGAGUGCCUCCUUCUGCUUCCCUUGGCUCUCCUUCCCCCUGUGGCUCCCUGGCCCUCCCAACCAUGAAUCUCCCGGCUCAGGCACUCAGCAUCCUCGACACUGCUCUCAGGGUACCGCCUCUCUUCAUAAUGGACGAGAUUCUAAAGUGCUGUUUCGGGUUCUCCAACAACAUCCAUGCCAGGUAUUCCAAUUUCUUCAGUGAUGAGAAUCCAUUUCUAAACGACGAGGGGUUUGGGCACCUGCAGAGUGAGGAGCUGAGGCACUGGCCGGCGGACAAUGACACCACCGUGGAGAUGGAGGACUACCCGGUGCUCUCCACCAUAGCCCUCACCCUCGCCAAAAUACUUAUGUUCAUAUUAGUGUACUUAUUGUCAACGGUGGCUUUCCUGCUGAGCUCCCAGAGGCUGAUGCAGGUGUACCUGGUGGUGGGGAGUCUGGUGGUGGUGGUGGUGGGCUACCAGCUCAAUGUGGCCACUCUGCUCUUCCUGGCUGCACCCCCCCAGUCUGACCACCCAGCCCUCCUCUACAGCCUCCUCUCCCUCAACACCACGGCAAUCUGGGGCAGCGGGACCACCGUCUCAGCGCUGGGGGCCAACUAUCUGUGUCAGGGCGGGCUGGGCUACCUGUUCACCGUGCUGCACGCUGGGCCGGCCCACCCCCUGCUGCACCGCCUCCUCGUUUUGUCCUUCCUCUCCCCGAGCCUAUCCGUGCUGCUGCCACUGCCCGAGGCCGUGUUGUCCGCCGUGCCACUGUUCGCUGCACUGCUGCCGCUGGCUGUGGUGAAGUAUGUCGUGGCCAGCAACCUGCUUCGCGGCUCCCAGGUGGUGAUGGGCGGCUACCAGUACGCCCGUAACGUCAUGAGGGAGUUUGGGCUGCACUCACUGCUGGAGAGUGAGUGGGUGAGACUCAACGUCCCCAAUGUCCUGCGCACCUUCUGGCUGGUGCGGGCGGCCAACCACGUGGUGCUGCUGCUGGGGGAGUUUAUGUACGCCCGCGGGGAGCAGCAGACCCUGUGGGACCUGGAUGUGGGGGCGCUGUACGUUAUCUUCAAGGCCGUGAUGACGCAGGGCUGUGAGACAGCUGUGGCGCUGCUCGGCAUGACCAGUAUCGUGUCAUACGUCAGCCACUACGUGGGCGUGGCCUUCCAGAUGGUGCUGCUGACGGUGGAGGAUGACGACAGAAGCAUGGGCACCGUCUGUGCCAUCCUUUUCUUCAUCCUGGCUGAACAGAGCGGCCUCACCGUCAUGGAGGGAGAGAAGCGCUUUGUCAGACUUUGUCGUAACUUCUGUCUCAUCUUCACUGCGAUGCUGCACUUCAUCCACAACAUGGUGAACCCGGUGCUCAUGUCCCUCAGCGCCUCCAGAAACCCUGCACUCUACCGCCACGCCCGCGCCCUGCUAGUCUGCUCCCUGCUGGUGCUGCUGCCGGCAGUGCUGCUCUAUGUGCUCUGGUCCUUCUACCCACUGUCCACUUGGCUGCUGGCCGUGUCUGCCUUCUCCGUGCAGGUGGUGGUCAAGACGCUGGUGUCGGUGCUCAUCUACGGCCUCUUCCUGGUGGACGCCUACCGCGCUGCCUUCUGGGAGCGCCUCGAUGACUACGUCUACUACAUCCGCGCCUUUGGGAACAGCGUGGAGUUUGUGUUUGGCAUCCUCCUCUUCUUUAACGGAGCGUGGAUCUACUUGUUUGAGUCCGGAGGAUCAAUCCGCGCCUUUAUGAUGUGCAUCCACGCCUACUUCAACAUCUGGUGCGAGGCGAGGAACGGUUGGACAGUGUUCAUGAAGCGCCGCACCGCCGUCAACAAGAUCAACUCCCUCCCCGAGGCCUCCGAGGCACAGCUCCUCAAGCAUGAUGACGUGUGUGCCAUCUGCUUCCAGGCCCUGCACAGCGCACGCAUCACCCGCUGCAACCACUACUUCCACAGCGUCUGUCUACGCAAGUGGCUGUAUGUGCAGGACUCCUGUCCACUGUGCCACGAAACCUUGUACAAGGUGGAGGUGCCAGAGGAGCAGCAGGGUGGCCAGGCUGGGGGAACUGAAGCCAUCUGGGACAUAGUUGCUGAGGAGGGGACCCCAGACCCACCCGUAGAUCAUGGAGGAGAGGCUGACUCACCAGUCUGGGAUCAGCAGGACAUUGACCUCAUCCUGGGGGAGAACAUGGGUGGGGGGCAGGUGGUGGUGGACCAGGAGGUGGGAGAGGUUGUGCUGCAGCCCCCCCAGCAGCCCACUCUCCCCACUGCCUCCCAGGAGGGAUUGGACAGCGACACAACACACGAAAACAAUCAAGUAUUCAACCUCAGACUCCGCAGAGGACACAUAAUAGACCAGGAUAUAGGUCAGCAGUAGUUAGGGGCAUCACUGUGUUCUCUCUCUCUCUCUCAUCUUGCUGUGUAAUUACGAUGUAUGCCGAGAGCAAUACAUUCGUCCAAGUUCUAAGUAGGCACAACUCCACUGCAUGUUCACCAGAUACUGUGUAUACUGCUGAUAACAUUGUGUUGACAAGAAUGCUUGAGCCUUGUACGUAUGUAUGUAUGUAUGUAUGUAUGUAUGUAUGUAUGAUAUAUUGAAGGUGGGGUAACUGUACUUGCGACACUGUGUCAGACAUAGCCUGCCUUAUACCAAAAAUGGUUUUCAUUUUAAACUUGUGAUAUAAUUUUAGCAUCAUUAGUUUAAAUUAAAUUUUCAUAAGGUCACUAAACAUUUAUUUGUAUAUAAUAAGGAACCUGUAAUAUUUCUUGCUAUGAUGACAUUUCCUUGCUAAAAUCAAAAUUAUUU